UCCACCUAAACCAGUGAUUUGUGCUGUUCUGGAGGAAUCAGAGGUAUUAUAUUAAUAAUCCCACGUUUAGAGUUGAAGCUGUUCCAUUUAACAAAUAGUUGUAUGCAGCGAGCAGCCUGCUCGAAACAAAACAGAACAAAAUACAGCGCAGAGGUUUGGAAGGGGAGAACACUACACAGGUCCUGGAUAUGGAGCCCCACAGGAGCUUUGUUAAGAAGAUUGACGUGCCAGAUCAAGUCCAUUACAUCAUUGCGUGUUUUGUUGUAGUGAUUGGCACCAUUGGAGUGGUUGGAAACCUUCUAGUCAUGUAUGCAUUUUACAGUGAUAAGAAACUGAGGACGCCUCCCAAUUACUUCAUCAUGAACCUUGCUAUAAGUGAUUUCCUGAUGUCCAUUUCGCAGUCACCCAUUUUCUUUGUCAACUGCCUAAACAAGGAGUGGGUGUUUGGUGAACUGGGGUGUAAACUGUACGCCUUCUGUGGUGCACUUUUUGGAAUCACCUCCAUGAUUACACUGCUGGCAAUAUCCAUUGACCGGUAUCUGGUGAUCACAAAGCCUCUGCAGUCCAUCCAGUGGACAUCUAAAAGACGCACAUCACUGGUCAUCCUCCUAGUGUGGCUGUACUCACUUGCAUGGAGCCUGGCGCCUCUGGUUGGAUGGAGUUCAUACAUCCCAGAAGGGCUGAUGACCUCAUGCACAUGGGACUAUGUCACAGCUACUCCCUCAAACAGAAGCUACACCCUGAUGCUCUGCUGCUUUGUGUUCUUCAUCCCACUGCUUAUCAUUUCCUAUUGCUACGUGUUCAUGUUCAUAGCAAUUCGGAGCACCAGCAGAGAUGUGGAAAAACUCAGGACCCACACGAAAAAGUCUGCCCUGAUCCAGCAGUCCGUGAGGAAUGAGUGGAAACUGGCUAAAAUCGCCUUUGUGGUCAUCAUUGUGUUUGUGCUCUCCUGGAGCCCCUACGCCUGCGUCACACUCAUCGCCUGGGCAGGGUAUGCUAACAUCUUAAAUCCAUAUUCAAAAGCUGUACCUGCUGUGAUCGCAAAAGCAUCUGCCAUCUACAACCCGUUAAUUUACGCAAUCAUCCACUCUAAGUACAGGAGAACCCUAGGGGAGACUGUUCCCUGCCUGGGGUUUCUGGUACGACCACCGCGGAAAGAGUGCGUGUCAGUUUCCACAAGCGAAUCGUCUUUCAGAGAGUCUGUCCGCAGCCGGCAGUCUACUGUGUCGAGGAACAAACUCAGACGAGUGUCGACGAUGUCUUCGGGAGACACCGUCUGGAGUGAUGUGCUGCUGGACCCAGUUCCCCAAAAGACACACGCCUGCAAAAGCAGGUCUUUUUCCAACCUAUCUAAGGAAAGGGAUGGGAACCAGCUGCUGCUUCGGAGGAAAUCAAAAAGCUGCACAACAGUUGUAGAAGAAAAGGAGAAACUCUCCGUGGGGAAGCCCUUGAGCAUCUUUGAGCAGGAGCUGGUGUCAGGAUCUUUAAACUCGGCCUCAUAUCCUCUCCUGGUGACCAAAAGUGAGACUCACAACAGCUCAGACACUACAACAGGAGAAAAUGGGUUGAGUUUGUCAAAAAUGGGCCUGGACCCUUUUGUCAACACAUCUGUUCCUCGCAUUGUCAUUAGUCCUACAUCAGAGACAAGUCUCCUGGAAGAUACGGUAUUGGAAGGGAAAAAGACAAGCUCCUUGACACAGGAGAACAGGAGUAUCUUACUGGACCUUCAGACUUUAAACUGCUACACAUAGCUCUUGGACACUACUGAAAAAUUCCUUUCCUAAAGACAUGGCACAGUUCUUUGUUUUUUUCUGUUUAAUCUAGAAAAGAAAAAUGUUCUUGUGUAACAGGGUUCAGUGGCGUCUGGGCAUAGACAGAGCUGAACUCCCUGCACUGGUGGGGUGGAAUUUGCCGCUGUCUGGGGUUCAGAGCUGUCCGAGGAUGGGCACUGUCUGGGGUUUACACUGUUUGGGGCUCUGAGGAUUUGAGGAGGCAAGGUCUGGGGUUCAUGUUGUCUGGGGGGGCAAUGUCUGGGUUUCACACUGUCGUUCUGUAGGGUUCUGAAGCCAGGGGUGCCCAUGAGAAGUUGGGUCCCAGCAUGGGGCAGAGUGGCACCCAUCACACUUGCACCACCUUUUUCUCACUAGGUGACAAGACUCAUGUCGAUGACCCCUGUUUCUGCAGACCCCUAAGACAAGCAGUCAUGUCUCAUCAUAAUGAACUGUACAGCCUCAUGGUGCCACAGGUGUGGCGGUGUGAAUAGAUGGCCUCCUCUUCUCUUAUUAUCAGAUUAGCACAUACAACAUUUUGACAGAAAUGUAAAAAAUGUGCAUUUUUAACAUUUGAGGUAUGAGUGACAAUUUUUGGGGCAAGAAAAAAUGAAUCACUGACCUUAGGGCUGUGGAUAGUCACACUCCUUGUACAAAUCACUAACUGUCAUGCUCUUAAACCAAACCCCUCCUCUUAAGGACGCUCCAGCCCUUCCUAGUUUUAUUCUUGAUUUCCUGCACCUACCUCCGGUUCCUGCCCCCGUCCUACAAAAGCCAGGCGUUCCUGCCAAUCUGGGCUAAGCUUUGGAAGAUGGAUGCCCGGAAGCCCACCUAUCCGUGAGUCCAGCGGACUCGAUGGCACAGGCUUCAUCACGGUGUCCUGACCGUCUGAGUCCGGGAUUAGGGAGUGUCUGGUCCUGUGACCCCCCUUUUAUUCCCCAGUCCCUCCGCCGGAUCCCGCUCUCUGGUUUUUAACUCUGUUCGUCUGUCAGGAUGGAUUACCUGGUCUUGGACUUUUGCUACACUCAUAGAUUUACCUCUGACUCCUUUGGACUGUUGGCCUCGGCCACACCUCCCCCGAACACCAGCGCACCAUGGACACGCCCCCCUGUUUUCCUUCCAGCCUCUUUGCAUGCU